CUCAAAUCUAAUCUUCACAAUCACAAUCAUGGAACCUGCAACGGUGGAGAAGAGGGCUGAGUGUCCCUUCUGUACCACUACAUUCACCCAUCGCUCCUCGCUUAUCCGUCACCUCCGGAAGAAGUGCAAUCAACCCCAGCCGCAGACUGUACGCCGCAAGGCAUGUAGUCAAUGUGUCGCGGACAAGACGCGGUGUAAUCUCAAGCGCCCUAGCUGCUCGCGGUGCUCUGUGCGACAGAUAUCCUGCCAGUACUCAACCCCGUUCCUGGACUCAUCUGGCUCUCCAUCACCAGAGAGGGGGCAGACGACUUUGGCGCCGCAAGUCAACAUAUCAACUCCACCGGAGCCACGGGCUGCUGAUUCGUCAAGUCUCUUCGAGGACCUGCUUGCCGAUCCUGCGCCUUGGGACCUGUCCUUUCCCCUUGAUGUAAAUUCUUCCCUGUCCCCGCGUCGCGACCUCGCAGCGCUGGUUCGUAAUGACAAUGCCCAAUUAUACCCUACUGUUUUGAUUGGUGAGAAUCCAAGCUCGCUGCUCUCACCAGAUCCAACUGCAGAAUCCCCCGCAGCGGCGUUGGCGAACCACAGCAUGGAGUUCAUCUUCCGUGUUCUUCGAUCCUGGCCUAGAAUGCUUGCAGGGGAUUUUCAGACGCCCCCGUUCCUUCACCACAGUUAUAUCGCCGAUGGUAUGACUCUACCCCAAUCCCUCGCCAACUGCUUCACUCUAGUAAAAAUGUGGCAUGGGCAAUGCCAUGGAGCCGAGGACUUAGUGCACCGCCUGAUCCUGAACGAAGUAACCAGCCUCUUGAACAAGCUCGACGACCUCGACGAAGCCGCCCUUCUCGCAAUACUCCAAGCAGUAGUAAUCUACCUGAUCAUCCUCCUCUUCCCCGGCGAGAGCUCCCGCCCAACGCUGCCCCCACCAACGCUCCUCCACAAGAUCCAAGAACUGGCCAACCACGCCGCCAACACGGGCCUUUUCCUCCAGGAGGAAAGAGAAGCAAUGCGCCCCACCUGGAGCGCCUGGAUCCACGUCACCUCCAAGCGACGCGCAGUCCUAGCGCUCUACCUCCUCCGCUGGGCACUAUCCGUCUUCCACAACGCCCCGCCGCUAGAUUGCCGCCAGGUGGGGUUCAUGCCUGCGCCUGCGGCGAAGAUACUUUGGCAGGCGAAGUCGGAGCAGGAGUGGAAUUCUCUGUACAUCCGGUGGCUUGCCAGAUGGGAUGGGCAUGGAUAUAUCCAGGGUGAGUUUGAUCGGAUUCGACCGGGGAUUAAGAUGGAGGAGAGGGCGGAGAAGUGGCUUGAGGAGGCGGAUGAGUUUGGGAUGAUUAUGAUGUCGAUCGUAAAUGCGACGGAUUGUCCAUUGCCCACGUUUGCGGGUCAUUGAUGCAUUAUACGACUUAUUUCGUACCCAGUCGAUUACACAACGGCUUUCCAUCGUCGGAACAAUAACUAAGUAUUAUUUGCAGACUACCGUCCGUCUAUACGGACGCCCAAAUCGAAGGUUUCUCCGAUGAAUCCUCCAGCAACACUCACUUGGAUCCAAAAGCUAAGGAACAGCCUGGCAGGCUACGCAGGAUCCUUCGCAACCCGGGCCUGCUCAUAAUGACUUCCACAUGCC